AUGGAUUCACUGCCUGCGCAAAUAGACAACAGGCUGGACUUUUUAGGAAACUUUGUACAAAAAACGUUGAAAUUGAAACCCGAAAAAUGGUCUCGUAUGAUGAAUACGGAAGAUCAUAAGGCAGUAGUGAAAAAAUUCCUGGAAAGACCGCAACCUGUUCUCUUGGUUAUAGUUUUGACGCAAACUGCACAACUUGUAGCUUCAAGCGGAUUCCCUUUAGCUCAAUUUAAAAAUAAAGGCGUAUUUUUUAUAAAAAAGGCUCCAGUACCAGUUUGUAAGAUCAAACCUUCAGAAACAGUGAUACCAGGAGAUCUUUCACCAAAAAUAAUAGAUCAACUAGCUUCUUUGGUAGACGAGAUUCUCGUUCCUCUUCUUUCAAACUCGCAAAAUCACUUAGGGUGGCCUGCGGUGAUAGCAGAAGACGUCCACAAGCACGUACACAGUUUAAAAAGCACAGUAUACCAAGUAAAAGGACAGGUUAACGGUCAAACUAUACUCCCGAUGCCUGUAGGAGUAGACCGAGUUUUCGAAGUAGAAAGAACUUUGAUUGAAUCUCACGGAGAAAUAUGCGACUUGUAUCUAAAAAGUUCCAUCGAAGGAGUUGUUAUAAAAUGGUCUUCGCAAAUUAACGAUGUAUUAGCAAAUGAUUCAUCAGAAAAAUGCCCUUCAGUGUUAAACCCCGUUCCGACAUUCGAAAUACAAUUUUGGUACAAGAGAUUAAAAAACCUGGAAAAUAUCUAUCAACAACUUAGAGAACCUAAAGUUAAAAGCAUGGCUGUGGUUUUGGAAAAAACUAACAGUGCUUAUUUUAGCUGCUUUAAAUUGUUAUUUAAAAAUACUGUAAUCGCUCUAUCGGAAGCUAGAGAUAUUAAUUUGUAUCUAACGCCUUUAAAAAAACAUAUACAAGUAUUAGAAGAAACUGAUUUCAGCGAGAAUUUACCACUAUUGGCACCGAUAAUGCACGUGGUUUGCUUGAUUUGGUCCAACUGUAAAUCUUUCGAUCAGACCAAAUUAGUCACAUUAUUUAAACAAAUUUGCAACUUAUUGAUACAAGAAGGUAAGAAAUUUCUGGAUCCUACUACUCUAUUCCACAGCGAUAUCGAUGAAGCGAUGCAACGAGUAAAUUAUUGUGUUAAAUCCUUGAACCACUUCAUUUCCAUUUUCAAAAAAUAUAAAAGGAAUUUACUCGUUAUUUUUCCUAAAGGUAAACAAGAACCGUGGAAUUUCCACGCGAAUUUAAUAUUCGAAAGGUUAGACGCUUUCCUCGAACGACUGAAAACGAUCCAAUGGUUUUUCAAUACGGUCCUAGAAUUUAACAAGUUGGAAAAAGUUGAAAUAGGUGGUAUAAAAGGUCGAGUUCUAAGUUCGAGAGUGACGGAGGUAUUUCAGGAAUUCCAGCAGAGUUUCAUGAUAUUUUCAGGUAAAUCUUACGAUGUAUUGGAUCCUGAUGAUCCUUCUUUCGAAGAAGAUUUCGAAAAUUUCAAACAGAAGAUAUUUGAGAUGGAUAUAAAGUUGGUGGCUAUACUUCGUCAAGCUUUCGAUGAUUGCUCUAAUUUAGACAGUAUAUUCAAACUUAUAAAUAUAGCUGGUUCAGUUCUGGAUAGACCAAUAAUAAAGAAAGAAUUUACCAAUCAAUAUGAAAAAAUUGUAGAUAUGUUGGAAGAAGAAAUUAGAGCUGUAGAGGCGAUUUUUGAUGAACAAAUGGACCUAAAACAUCGAACAGGUUAUUUUUCCAUAGACAAAUACAUGCCACCGGUUGCUGGUAUCUUAAGAUGGACUAGAAACCUAUGUUCACGUCUUAACGGGCCCCUACAUCAAUUUAGAUCCUUACAAAAUCCGAUUGUGAAGAAUGAUAGAUCUUUAGAAUUAAUAGCUAGAGCUGAACGUUUUUUCGAAAUAAUUGGGAAAUUUAAUAGAGAAACUUUUCUUUGUUGGGUACAAAUGGUACCAGAGCGAAUUGAGAAAAAUCUGAAACAAAAUUUGUUGAAAAGAGAAUCGAGAACUAAGGAUCUAUUACUGAAUUUUAGUCCUGAAUUGAGUGCUGUUUUAAGAGAAGUACAUUACUUGAAACUUAUGAACGAGCCGAAUAUACCGGAAAUAGUACUGAAACUAGCGGAGAAAAAUGAAGUUUUCCAGCAGUACAUCACAAAUUUAAAUUCAACGGUUACUUGGUACAAUAAAAUCAAAAAAACUGCCAAAGAAGUUGAAUUUAACCUUAUUGCGAACGAAGUUGCUGACAUAGAUAAAAUGGUGAAAGUUGGAGAAGAUAAUUUGAACUGGGAAUCGGAAUCUUUGUGGGAAUAUAUGAUGAAGCUGCAUCUUCUAGUUGGAAACCUACAAGAGCAUCUUCAAAAAUGCCAAACGAAUCUGAACGAAAUAAAGUGUAUAUUAGUACCUUUCGCUCGACAGCCGCUUUUCGAGAGAAAAGACGGUCGAAAGGACACUUUUCUGGCUAUAGAUGAGAAAACGGAAAAACUGGAAAGAAGAAAAAACGAUAUCAAGCUAGCAUCUGAUAGAAUUUUGCAGUUACUUGAAGAAAAUAUGAAUUUAUUCCAUAUGACUGAUAAACAAGAUAAUUUACAAUGGAUACAGUAUAUAGAUUAUAUAGAUAAUAUAAUAUCUAGUUAUCUUUAUCAAUCUGUUGGUUGUAGUCUAGGCUAUAUAAUCGAACAUAUGGAUGCCACCAACAACUUACCGCCUUUAUUUGAAUCGCAAUUGAAUUUAUUGGAACCAAACAUAGUUUUUAUACCAUCUUUAGACCCUUCCGAUCCAGAAGGGUUGAAAAAUUUGAUCAUAGGUCUGAUGAACGACAUCCUAGAAACGUCAAAUAUGAUUAACCGAUUCUCGAAAACGAAACAAAGAUCUUACAAAGAAGAAAUAGAAGAAAACGAAGAUAUAAUAGAUAUUAAGAAUGAUAUACUGUCUAACGUAGAUAAAGUUAUAGAAGAAAGCUACGAAUUUUGUGAUAAAUAUCAGAAUUAUUCUUAUAUUUGGUUGGACGAUAGACGAGAGUAUCUGCAGCAAUUUUUAACGUACGGUAGACAACUCACCAACGAAGAAUUGGAGUUUGUAGGUAUGAACGAUCCUCUAGCUCCGAAAGAAUCGCCUCCCAAAAUGGAACAAUUUCGAGAACAGAUCGAUAAUUUCGAAAAUCUUAGUAACGAAGUCGAAACAAUCGAAGAAUCAGAAAUUUUUAAUAAUUGGUUCAAAGUUGACGUAAGACCAUUCAAACAGGCAUUGUUGAACGCGCUCAGAAAAUGGGGAAACAUGUUCAAGGAGCAUCUGGUUACUAAUGUCACUACAAGUUUAUGCGAUCUAAGUAAUUUUAUAAGGUUAGCGGAUGAAGGUCUUCAACAACCAGUAGGCGAAGGAGAUUACCAAGCUUUAGUUAACGUUAUGGGUUAUUUGCUGCACGUCAAAGAAAGACAAAUAACAACCGACGAAAUGUUCGGUCCACAAAAAGAUAUAAUCGAAUUAUUAAAAUUCUACGAUCAAGAUAUUCCCGAGGAGGUGAACGUGUACCUGCAGGAGCUACCGGAGCAGUGGAACAACACGAAGAAGAUCGCCAUCACAGUGAAGCAGCAGGUGGCUCCGCUACAAGCGGCGGAAGUUACGUUCAUUAGAAGAAGAAUCUCGGAAUUUGAUAACAGGAUUGUGUAUUACAGAGAAGUUUUUAAGAAAUAUAAGUUUUUCCAAUAUAAUUGCGACCAUGUUUAUGAUAAAAUCGAUCACGUCGAUAGAGAUUUGAAAAAAUUCGAGAAGAAUAUGAAGGAUAUACAAGAAUCGGGGUUCCUUUUCGAAGUUAACGUGCCGGAAUUUAAAAUUUUGAAACAAUGCAGAAGAGAUUUGAGAUUAUUGAAGCAACUUUGGGAUUACAUCUACAUCGUUCAUACGUGCGUGGACGAUUGGAAGACUACACCAUGGAGGAAAAUAGACGUAGAAAACAUGGAUAUCGAAUGCAAGAAGUUUGCCAAAGAAGUUAAAAUGUUGGAUAAAGAAAUGCGAUCUUGGGACGCUUAUAUCGGUUUGGAGGCCACUGUUAAGAAUACUUUGACGUCACUAAAAGCGGUAGGCGAAUUACAAAAUCCGGCAAUACGUGAAAGACAUUGGGAUCAAUUAAUGACCAGUACGAAGAAUCUGGCAGCACUACCACGAGAGUUUACAACAAGGAUAGUAAUGGACCACAAUACGACCUUAGCCGACUUAUUAGAAUUAAAUUUACACGAGUGCGAAGAAGAAGUUAAGAAUAUAGUAGACAAAGCAGUAAAAGAAAUGUCAAUGGAAAAAACUUUGCGAGAAUUGAACGUCACGUGGUCGGCAAUGGAAUUCGACCAAGAAAUUCACGCAAGAACCGGUUGUACGUUACUAAGAGCUAGCGAAGAACUCAUCGAAACUUUGGAGGAAAAUCAAGUCCAACUACAAAAUUUGAUUACCUCCAAAUUCAUAGCUCACUUUUUAGAAGAAGUUUCCUCUUGGCAAAGCAAACUCGGUGUAGCUGAUCAGGUUAUCAACGUAUGGUUUGAAGUACAACGAACUUGGACGCAUUUAGAAUCGAUUUUUAUGAGUUCUGAAGACAUUAGAAAACAGCUUCCAGAAGAUUCAGAAAGAUUCGAUAGAAUAGAUACGAAUUUCAAAAAAUUAAUGAUAGAAAUGUCGAAAGUUCCUAACGUCAUAGAAUCCACGAAUAGACAAGGUCUUCUGGAGAUAUUAGAAGAACACCAAAAGAAUCUAACUUUGUGCGAAAAAGCUUUGGCUGUUUAUUUGGAAACGAAACGUUUGGCUUUCCCCAGAUUCUAUUUCGUAUCAUCCGCCGAUUUAUUAGAUAUUUUAUCGAAUGGAAAUCAACCGGAACUUGUUGCUAAACAUCUGACUAAACUAUUUGAUUCGAUAGCGAAAUUGAAUUUUGGAAGAAAUGAAAAUAAUACUAUCGAUAAGCAGAUUCAUGGUAUGAUCGCUAAAGAUGGAGAAUACGUAAAUUUCAAUACGCCCACCACUUGUAACGGACCGGUGGAGGUAUGGUUGAAUCGUAUACAAGAUAGCAUGCGGACGACCAUAAGGAUCCUAAUUGGAGAAGGGGUGCUAACUUACGAAGAGAAACCUCGAGAUCAAUGGCUAUUUGAUUUCCCUGCACAAGUUUCGUUGACUGGUACUCAAAUUUGGUGGACCACAGAAGUUAAUAUAGCGUUUUCGAGAUUGGAAGAAGGAUAUGAUAAUGCUAUAAGAGAUUAUUAUAAGAAACAAGUUUCACAAUUGAGUACAUUAAUAUCUUUAUUAUUGGGAGACUUGAGUAAACAAGAUAGACAGAAAAUCAUGACGAUAUGUACUAUAGACGUACAUUCUAGAGACGUCGUGGGAAAAUUAAUACAAUCUAAAGUCGAAAGCGCUUUAGCUUUCCAAUGGGUUUCUCAAUUACGACAUAGAUGGUGCGAGAAAUCCAAGGAAUGUUACGCCAAUAUAUGCGACGCCCAAUUCAGAUAUAGCUACGAAUAUUUAGGUAACACCCCAAGACUUGUAAUUACCCCUUUAACGGAUCGUUGCUACAUCACUUUAACCCAGUCUCUACAUUUAAUCAUGGGAGGAGGCCCUGCAGGACCUGCAGGUACUGGAAAAACAGAAACUACCAAAGACUUAGGGCGUGCUUUAGGUAUAAUGGUUUACGUGUUUAAUUGUUCUGAACAAAUGGAUUAUAAGUCAUGCGGUAAUAUUUAUAAAGGUUUAGCUCAAACUGGAGCUUGGGGUUGCUUCGAUGAAUUCAACAGAAUAUCAGUUGAGGUACUUUCCGUCGUCGCAGUUCAAGUAAAAUCAGUUUUAGACGCAAUAAAAAAUAAAAAAACGACCUUCGAUUUUAUGGGAGAUCCCAUACAAUUAGUACCAACUGUGGGUAUAUUCAUUACGAUGAAUCCUGGAUACGCUGGAAGGACUGAGUUACCUGAAAAUUUGAAAGCUCUCUUCAGACCUUGUGCUAUGGUUGUACCAGAUUUCGAGCUGAUUUGCGAAAUUAUGUUAGUUGCCGAAGGUUUCCAAGAAGCGAAGAUACUAGCGAGGAAAUUCAUCACGUUAUAUACCCUUUGUAAAGAAUUAUUAUCUAAACAAGAUCAUUAUGAUUGGGGUUUGAGAGCUAUUAAAUCAGUACUCGUUGUAGCUGGUUCGUUAAAACGUGGUGAUCCUGGUAGACCAGAAGAAGAAGUUUUGAUGAGAGCAUUACGAGAUUUCAAUAUCCCGAAGAUUGUAACGGACGACACCCCGGUUUUUAUGGGGUUGAUAGGAGAUUUAUUCCCUGCUUUGGAAGUACCUAGAAAAAGAGACGCCGAAUUUGAAAGGACAGUCAAACAAGCUGCUAUAGAUUUGAAAUUACAACCAGAAGAUAAUUUUAUAUUGAAGGUGGUGCAAUUAGAAGAGCUGUUGGAAGUUAGGCAUUCAGUAUUCAUAGUAGGCAACGCAGGUACUGGGAAAACUGAAGUAUGGAAAACUCUUUUCAAAACGUAUGCUAAUAUGAAAAGGAAACCGGUUUAUAAUGAUUUGAACCCGAAAGCUGUAACUAACGACGAGCUGUUUGGGAUCAUUAAUCCUGCUACGAGAGAAUGGAAAGAUGGUUUACUGUCCGUACUAAUGAGAGAUCAAGCAAAUGUACCCGGUGACAAUCCAAAAUGGAUCAUCCUCGAUGGCGACAUAGAUCCCAUGUGGAUCGAAUCACUGAAUACAGUAAUGGACGAUAACAAAGUAUUGACAUUAGCUAGUAAUGAACGUAUAGCUUUAACCCCAGUCAUGAGGUUAUUGUUCGAAAUAACCAACUUGAAAACAGCUACUCCUGCUACAGUUUCCCGAGCCGGUAUCCUGUAUAUAAAUCCACAGGAUCUCGGAUGGAACCCUUACGUAACAAGCUGGAUAGAAACGCGAGAAAUUCCAGCGGAAAAAUCGAAUCUAAUAAUGUUAUUCGACAAAUAUAUCCCAGCUUGUUUGGAAAACGUCAAAACUAGAUUCAAAAAAAUCAUUCCCAUAGUAGAAACUUCCCACCUUUCGAUGCUGUGUCACCUACUAGACUGCACCCUAACUCCACAAAAUACUCCAACAGAUUGUCCCAAAGAAUGGUAUGAGCUCUAUUUCGUUUUUUGUUGCGUUUGGGCUUUCGGAUCGGCGAUGUUUCAAGAGCAGGCAACCGAUUAUAGAGUGGAGUUCACGAAAUGGUGGUUAAACGAGUUUAAAACAGUGAAAUUCCCGACAGGUGGCACUAUAUUUGAUUAUUAUUUAGACCACGAAACGAAGCAGUUCGUCCCUUGGACGGAAAGCUUGGGAAAAUUUGAAUUAGACUCAGAUGUACCCUUACAGGCAGUAUUGGUACACACAGCCGAAUCAAUCCGAGUGAGGUACUUCCUAGAUCUAUUAAUGAAGCAAAAAACUCCAGUUAUGUUAGUAGGAAACGCCGGUUGUGGUAAAACAGUUUUGGUAAACGAAAAAUUAACUUCUUUAUCCGAAAAUUACGCCGUCACCAAUAUACCUUUCAAUUUUUAUACCACGUCCGAAAUGCUGCAGAAAAUAUUAGAAAAACCUUUAGAAAAGAAAGCAGGUAGAAAUUACGGACCGCCUGGUAGUAAAACCAUGAUUUAUUUCAUAGACGACAUGAAUAUGCCCGAAGUAGAUACUUAUGGUACCGUUCAACCCCAUACGUUGAUCAGACAACAUUUAGAUUACAGACAUUGGUACGACAGGAACCGUUUGACUCUUAAAGAAAUCCACAAUUGUCAAUACGUAUCGUGUAUGAAUCCGACUGCUGGUAGUUUCACUGUGAACCCAAGACUGCAGCGGCAUUUUUGCGUGUUUGCCAUAUCUUUUCCUGGCGCAGAAGCAUUAACUACGAUCUACAAAACGAUACUCAGUCAGCAUUUCGGUAAUUCCGAGCUAAAAUUUUUACCUUCGAUUAUAAAAAUGGCCGACAACGUCGUCGCGGCGACUAUAAUUUUGCAUCAUAAAGUUUCUCAAAUAUUUCUACCUACUGCUGUGAAAUUCCAUUAUAUUUUCAAUUUGAGAGAUAUUUCGAAUGUUUUUCAGGGUUUGCUUUUUAGUACGAAUGAAUGUUUGAAUCUACCGACAGAUUUGGUUCGUCUUUGGUUGCACGAAUGCCAUAGGGUAUAUGGUGAUAAACUUACUGAAGAAAAAGAUAUUGACGCUUUCUCAAAAUUACAGUUAGACGUACUCAAAAAAAACUACGAGGAGAUAGACGAGUCCAUAGUUUUGGAAAAACCUAACAUCUAUUGUCAUUUCGCUGGGGGAAUUGGGGAACCCAAAUACAUGCCGGUAAAAAAAUGGAUAAACCUAACGAAACUAUUAAACGAAGCUAUGUCGAGCUACAACGAUUUAGUAGCAGCUAUGAAUCUAGUCCUUUUCGAAGACGCCAUGAUGCAUAUAUGCAGAAUAAACCGAAUUUUAGAAUCUCCUCGAGGAAGUGCCCUAUUAGUCGGAGUAGGUGGUAGUGGUAAACAAUCUUUAUCCAGACUAGCUGCGUUCAUUUCUUCGCUAGAAGUAGCACAAAUACAAUUAAAGAAAGGAUACGGAGUAUUAGAUUUGAAAAAAGAAUUAUCCUCACUGUACUUGAAAAGCGGUUUGAAGAAUGUCGGUAUAAUGUUUUUAAUGACAGACGCUCAGGUCCCCAACGAACAGUUUCUCGUUUUAAUCAACGAUAUGUUAGCUUCUGGUGAAAUCCCGGACAUGUUUCCAGACGACGAGAUCGAAUCUAUAAUCGCCGGGGUGCGAAAUGAAGUAAAAGGCGCCGGAAUGUUAGACACUAGAGAAAACUGUUGGAAAUUUUUCAUCGAUAGAGUCCGACGACAAUUAAAAGUCGUCCUCUGUUUCUCCCCUGUAGGAUCCACACUCAGAGUAAGAGCUAGAAAGUUUCCUUCUUUGAUUAACUGCACGCAAGUCAAUUGGUUCCACGAGUGGCCGCAAGAAGCGCUAGUAUCAGUAGCUUCGAGGUUUUUACAAGACAUUGAAGUCUUACCAAUUGAAUUGCAUGAUUCAGCUGCCCGUUUCAUGGCUUACGCCCAUACUUCAGUCAACUCAAUAUCAAAAAUUUUCCUCCAGAACGAAAGAAGAUACAAUUACACCACGCCGAAAUCCUACUUAGAACAAAUUAACCUCUAUUCCAAACUGCUACGGCAAAAAUCUGAAGAGUUAAGGCUGAAAGUACAACGCUUAGAGAACGGUUUGGAUAAAUUGAAAAGCACGUCGAUUCAAGUGGACGAACUGAAGAAGAAAUUAGCGAUACAAGAGAUAGAAUUGAAAGAAAAAAACGAAGCGGCCGAUCGGUUGAUUGAAAUAGUUGGUGUAGAAACCGAAAAAGUAUCAAUAGAAAAGCAUCUAGCCGAUGAAGAAGAAGAACGCGUCGCUGUGAUAGCCGAAGAAGUUAGUAAGAAACAGAAAGAUUGCGAAGAAGAUUUAAUGAAAGCCGAACCUGCUCUACUGGCAGCACAAGAAGCUUUGAAUACAUUAAACAAAGCUAACUUAACCGAACUGAAAUCGUUCGGAUCCCCACCGGGAGCUGUUACUAAUGUUACAGCAGCUGUUAUGGUACUACUAUCUCCUGGUGGUAAGGUUCCCAAAGAUAGAAGCUGGAAAGCUGCUAAAUUGAUGAUGGCUAAAGUAGAUGCUUUCUUGGACGCGCUUAUCAACUACGAUAAAGAAAAUAUUCAUCCGGAAGUUAUAAAAGCCAUCGUACCAUAUUUGAAAGAUGCCGAAUUCGAGCCGGAAUUUGUAAGAUCUAAGUCAGCGGCUGCAGCUGGAUUAUGCGCUUGGGUUAUAAACAUAAUAAAGUUUUUUGAAGUUUUCUGCGAUGUGGAACCCAAGAGGAAAGCCUUGGCCGCCGCUAAUAUGGAACUAGCCGCCGCUCAAGAUAAACUAAACUCGAUCAAAAAAAAAGUUGCAUCUUUAGAGGAACAGUUGGCGAAACUAACUGCGGAUUUUGAAACAGCGACUAAAGAAAAAUUGUUAUGUCAACAAGAAGCCGACGCUACGAACGCAACCAUACAUCUAGCUAACCGAUUGGUCGGUGGAUUAGCCAGUGAAAAUGUCCGUUGGGCGGAGGCGGUAAACAGUUUCAUAGAAAGUGGGAAAAUGAUGCCAGGAGACGUAUUACUGACUACAGCAUUUAUAUCUUACGUUGGUUGUUUCACCAAACAAUAUCGCCUGGAUUUGAUCCACAAAAUGUGGUUACCUUUUCUCAAAAAUUUAGACCCCAAGAUACCUUUGACAGAAGACUUGGAUCCCCUCUCAUUGUUGACAGACGAUACCAUAAUAGCAAAAUGGCAAAAUGAAGGUUUGCCAAGCGAUAAAAUGUCCAUAGAAAAUGCUACAAUUUUAUCUAAUUCGGAAAGAUGGCCGCUGAUGAUUGAUCCCCAGUUACAAGGUAUAAAAUGGAUCAAACAACGCUACGGGGACGCGUUAAAAGUAAUACGACUAGGACAAAAAAGUUACUUGGACGUUAUUGAAAGAUGCAUCACGGAAGGAGCGACUGUUUUACUUGAAAAUAUCGAAGAAAAUUUAGAUCCUGUCCUGGAUACUUUACUAGGAAGAUAUCUAAUUAAAAAAGGAAAAGCUAUCAAAAUUGGUGAUAAAGAAAUCGAAUAUAAUUCAAAUUUUCAAUUAAUACUGCACACAAAGUUGGCGAAUCCUCAUUAUAAACCGGAAAUGCAGGCACAAGCGACCCUAAUUAAUUUCACGGUGACGAGAGAUGGGUUGGAAGAUCAGCUCCUGGCUGAAGUCGUCAAAGCUGAAAGACUAGAUCUUGAAGAAUUGAAGGCCGAUUUGACUAAGCAGCAAAACGAUUUUAAGAUUAGUUUGAAAAGUUUGGAGGACGAUCUGCUAUCUAGACUAUCAUCAGCCGGUGGAAAUCUUCUUGGUGAUACUACUUUAGUCGAAAAUCUGGAAACUACUAAAAGAACCGCCGCGGAAAUCGAAGAAAAAGUUGCAGAAGCUAAAAUAACUUCGGCACAGAUAGACGAAGCUAGAGAAUAUUAUAGACCAGCAGCUGCUAGAGCCAGUUUAUUGUAUUUCAUUCUAAACGAACUCAAUACCAUCAAUCCAAUUUAUCAAUUUUCUUUAAAGGCUUUCAGCGUGGUUUUCCAGAAGGCGAUUUCCAGAGCCGAUCCCGGUGAAACUGUCAACAUUAGAGUUAACAAUCUCAUAUCCUGUAUCACGUUCUCGGUGUUUCAAUAUACUACGAGGGGAUUAUUCGAAUGCGAUAAAUUGAUUUUCGCCUCUCAAAUGACGUUUCAGAUCUUACUUAUGAACGAAGAGAUAUUAGCGUCAGAUUUGGAUUUCCUUUUGAGAUUUCCAUUAAAACCACACGUUACAAGUCCAGUAGAUUUUCUUUCAAAUACUAGUUGGGGAGGUAUUUGUAGUUUGGCUACAAAAGACGAAUUCAGAAAUCUAGAUAGAGACAUCGAGAUGUCGCCAAAGCGUUGGAAAAAAUUAGUGGAAUGCGAGAGUCCUGAACGAGAAAAGUUUCCUCAAGAAUGGAAAAGCAAAACGGCAUUGCAAAGGCUUUGUAUGAUGAGGGCUUUGAGACCUGAUAGAAUGAUUUAUGCCAUGAUGGCUUUCAUAGAAGAGAAAUUAGGUGCUAAAUAUGUUGAAAAUAAAACGGUGGAAUUCGAAAAGUCCUACGAAGAAACCAGUCCUUCGACUCCUAUAUUUUUCAUUUUAUCUCCAGGUGUAAAUCCCUUAAAAGACGUUGAAAACUUGGGAGAAAAGAUGGGAUUUACAGCGGAAAAACAAAAUUUUCAUAACGUUAGUUUAGGUCAAGGACAAGAAGUUAUAGCUGAAAAUGCGAUGGAAGUUGGUGCGAAAAAUGGUCACUGGGUCGUUUUACAGAACAUCCAUCUAGUUAAAAAAUGGUUACCGGCUUUGGAAAAGAAAUUAGAACAAUACGCCGAAGGAUCGCAUCCCAAUUACCGAGUAUUUAUGAGUGCUGAACCAGCAGCUAGCGCCAGUGCACAUAUUAUACCACAGGGAAUCCUCGAAUCCUCUAUAAAAAUCACCAACGAACCACCAACAGGCAUGCAGGCCAAUAUUCACAAAGCACUUUCGAACUUCAACCAAGAAACUCUCGAACAAUGUAGCAAAGAAGCCGAAUUCAAGGUAAUUCUAUUCUCUUUGUGCUAUUUCCACGCCGUAGUCGCCGAACGACGAAAGUUUGGACCGCAAGGAUGGAAUAAAAUAUACCCUUUUAACGUUGGAGAUCUUACUAUCAGCGUUUUUGUUUUAUAUAAUUAUCUCGAAGCUAAUUCUAAAGUCCCUUGGGAAGAUUUGAGAUAUUUAUUCGGAGAAAUUAUGUACGGAGGACAUAUUACUGACGAUUGGGAUAGGAGACUGUGUAUCACUUAUUUGGAGGAACUUAUGCAACCUGAUUUGGUUGAUGGGGAAUUAAUGCUAGCGCCAGGAUUUCCAGCUCCCCCAAAUACCGAUUACGUAGGUUACCAUACCUACAUAGACGAUAUGAUGCCUUCGGAAUCUCCAUACCUCUAUGGUUUACAUCCAAAUGCAGAAAUUGGAUUUUUGACAACGACUGCGGAGAAUCUAUUCAAAACCGUGUUCGAAAUGCAACCUAGAGACGGUGGUUCUACGGGGGGUGCAACAAUAACUCGAGAAGAUAAAGUGAAGCAAAUGGUGGACGAAAUGCUGGAAAGGCUACCGGAAGAUUUUAAUAUGACGGAAAUAAUGGGAAAAGUUGAAGAAAGAACGCCUUACGUGAUAGUAGCUUUCCAAGAAUGCGAACGUAUGAAUUAUCUAACGGCGGAAAUAAAAAGAUCACUGAGAGAAUUGGAAUUAGGAAUAAAAGGAGAACUCACAAUUACUUCGGAUAUGGAGGAUUUAGAAAACGCUUUGUUUCUCGAUCAAGUACCGCCUGUGUGGGCUCUUAGAGCCUAUCCGUCAUUGCUCGGCUUAAGUUCGUGGUUUGUCGAUUUAUUAUUGAGAAUUCGAGAACUGGAAACGUGGUCUACGGAUUUCGUUCUUCCAGCUUCCGUUUGGCUUGGAGGAUUCUUUAAUCCGCAGUCUCUUCUAACGGCCAUAAUGCAAAGUACGGCUCGUAGAAAUGAAUUACCAUUGGAUAAAAUGUGUCUCCAGUGCGAUGUUACGAAAAAACAAAAAGAAGAAUUCACGAGUGCUCCGAGAGAUGGCGCUUAUAUCCACGGACUCCACAUGGAAGGUGCUAGAUGGGAUCUCCAAACAGGAAUUAUCAUAGAUUCUCGUUUGAAGGAACUCUUUCCUUCUAUGCCGGUUAUAAACGUAAGAGCGAUAACUCAAGAUAAACAAGACUUGAGAAAUAUGUACGAAUGUCCUGUAUACAAAACUAGAACACGAGGACCUACAUACGUUUGGACUUUCAACUUGAAAGUUAAAGAUAAACCGGCAAAGUGGACCUUAGCUGGCGUAGCAUUGUUAUUACAAAUUUAAUAAGUACUUAAAUAUAUUAAAAAUCACUCAAUAUUACACAAAAUAAACUAAUAUCGUCAAAUCGAUACCUUUUUUAUUUCUUAUAAUUGUAACCCAUAAAAUGUAAACGUAAUUUAUAGCAUUUCCCUCGUAAAACGAAUUAAACUUGACAAGUAUAAAAAUAGAUCAACUGAAUAUAAAAAAAGAAGAUUCUCAUAUUACUAUCUUCUACUUCAUAAUUAAUAGUGUAUUGCAAUAACUGAAUAGAAAAAGACCAUAUUAAACGAAAGAAAAAGAAUAAACUUUGUUUUACAGUCAAUUGAUUGUAAUAUUGGCAUAAAU